AUGGCCACAGAAAACUUCCAAACCCUCCUCCAGAACCCAACAGUCGCCUAUCUCCAAAGCACAACACAAGACCACCUCACAUCCAAGCUGACCCACCUACGGACUAUGGUCCUUCAGCCAUACCUGAUUGAGCCCAUGUCGACCUUCCUCACAACCUACACCGGCGCCAUGCCAGAUCUCCUCUCGCUCUUCAUGCUUGCCAUCAUCCUCCUCAUAUCUAUCAAGGUGGUGAACUACGCCUUCCGCGUCGUCAUGUUCUGGGUCUCCCUCGCUUUCAGGCUUGUCUUCUGGGGCUCGCUGCUCGGUGCCGGAUGGUAUGUUUAUAGCGUCGGUGUUGAAAAUGCUGGCAGGGAUCUCGGAUGGAUCUAUGGUGUUGUUGUAGGGCUUUUGGGCGAGUUUCAGGAAAAGAGCAAAACUGCUGCGGCGGCUUAUGCCAAGGGUCCUAAAUAG